AUGGCCGAUGAGCUGGCCAACGCCGCCGCCCGCGGGGACCUGCGGCGCCUCAGGGAGCUGCUGGACGGAGCGGCGGACCUCAACGCCGUCAACUCCUACGGCAGGACCCCCAUCCAGAUGAUGAUGCUGGGCAGCCCGCGGGUGGCCGAGCUGCUGCUGCGGCGCGGAGCCGAUCCCAACCGCCCGGACCCGCGCACCGGCUGCCUCCCGGUGCACGACGCGGCCCGCGCCGGCUUUCUGGAGACGCUGGCGGCGCUGCACCGGGCCGGGGCGCGCCUCGACCUCCCCGACGGCCGCGGCCGCCUGCCCCUGGACGUGGCGGCCGGGGGCCCGCACGGAGCGGUGGGGCGGUACCUGCGCCAUCCGCCACCCCGUGCCUAA